CGCUUGUAAAAAGGAUGUAAUAACGUCAAUUAAAUAAGAUAACAUGCACAAUAUUUGAAGUUCUUCAUAAUAUUUCGAAUAAAGCACCUGUGGAUUUUACACGCUCACGUUUAAUCCUGAUUAUAGUGAGAAAUAAUUACAUAACAUAAUUUCUGUUAAAAUGUCUCACUCUAGUAUGAAAAAUACUCAGUAAUUAUCUGUGACAUGACAUUAUUUAGUUCGUGUCAAUGACGACAUCUUUUGUAGUAAGUAUAAUGUAGGCAGCAUUUGGACACCCUCGUCGCGCAGGACCUCUUCAGAGUCCAGUAUGGCGGCGCCCGGUGGAGUUAUGAACUGUGAGGACUUUUCAAUGUUUCAGGAAGUAUUAAAAGGGAUGCGCACCAUAGAUGACAGAAUUGUCCAUGCCCUUAAUACCACUGUGCCCACUGUGUCCUUUUCAGGCAAAGUGGAUGCCACACAGACCUGCAAAGAACUUUAUGAAUCUCUCAUGGAAGCACAUCUGUCCAGAGAUAAGGCAAUAAAAUCAUGUAUUACAGAGACCUCUGCUGUCGUCGGCCAGUUACGUGAAAAGAGGGCAAAAGAUAGUGACAACUUGUCAAUUAUCAAGCAACUCAGGAAAGAACAAACUAAGUUAAAAAUCAUGCAGUCUGAGCUGAAUGUUGAAGAGGUGGUCAAUGACCGGAGUCUGAAGGUUUUCAACGAAAGGUGCCGAAUUCACUACACCCCUCCCAAGAUCAAGUGAAUGAUAGUUCUGUUGUCAACAUGAACCACACAGUGUUCUGAGGACAAUACCUGAAGCUGAGCCGGGACAUUGACCCCAAACAUCUCACAAACCCUCCUCCGCCAGUGUGAUCUGUCUGUGGCUUGUGUUUCUACAGUGAAGGAACACUACCGUUGCCCUAGUCCUGUAAACUUUUUUGUAUAAAUACUGUACAAAAGAUUUUAUUAAAAAUGAAAUGUUUUCCAAUUA